UUAUGGUAUUUUCCACGGAGUGUAAGUGGGAAAGUAAGUUCCGGGUGCUAACGCUGCAGAGCGAGAGAAGAAGACAUCCGUCGAGACAGCUCGACAAACCAGCAGUGAGUUCCAGGACGCCGCUGUAUCGACAAUCCGCGACUAGUGCGCGCAAAGUGCAGUUUGUAACCUUAAGUAUUAUUAUGAUCAUCGAUCAAUAGAUCACCAUCGCUGUUGGUUAUACAUUACCAGCUACAGUUACUACUGACGGUGUUGUUUUUUAUGGUUUUGUAAUUUGUGCGUCGAAAUUGUUCGUCUAUAAGGUUUUUUUUUUGUUCAGAAAAUUACAUCUAUAGUGGAUUAGAACCAACGACAACAUGAUGGUUAAACGGAUUGUUCAAACGAUACUAUUACUGACUACAUUAAUAAGUUUCUACAACAUAGUAGAUGCUGAAGAUAAGACACAUGUUAGAAUACGAAGAGAACCGCCUUCGAAGUAUGGGCCACCAAAACCAUCAAGACCCAGACCAAUUUAUGGACCACCAAAAGCUAGUGGUCGACCUAAACCAGUUUAUGGUCCUCCACCAAAACCUAAAUAUGGACCUCCUCCCAAGCCAAAAUACGGUCCACCCAAACCAAGUUAUGGACCUCCAAGGCCAAGCUAUGGACCUCCAAAACCUGUAUACGGACCACCGCCAAAGACAAACUAUGGACCCCCUAAACCAGUAUAUGGCCCUCCAUCAAAACCAAUGCAAUCUUAUGGACCACCAAAACCAGUUUAUGGACCACCAUCUGGAGGUGGAUUUAAGCCCUCCACUUCAUAUGGUGCACCUCCAUCAUCAUCGUAUGGAGCACCACCAUCGUCUUCAUAUGGAGCUCCACCAUCAUCUUCAUAUGGAGCACCUCCGUCAUCUUCAUAUGGAGCACCUCCGUCAUCGUCAUAUGGAGCACCACCAUCGUCUUCAUAUGGAGCUCCACCGUCGCCUUCAUAUGGAGCUCCGCCAUCAACUAAUUAUGGAGCUCCACCGUCUUCUUCUUAUGGAGCGCCUUCACAAAGUCAAUCAUCUUCAUAUGGAUCAUCUUUGAAAUCUUUCCCCUCUUUAACAUAUGAUGCCCCAUCGCUACCUUCUUCUUAUAGUGCACCACCACAACCAUCAUCUUCAUAUGGAGCACCGUCACAGCCAUCGUCAUCGUACGGUGCACCAUCACGACCAUCGUCGUCAUACGGUGCACCCUCGCUACCGUCAUCUUCAUAUGGAGCGCCCUCACAACCAUCGUCUUCUUACGGCGCACCAUCACAACCAUCGUCAUCGUACGGUGCACCAUCUAGACCAUCGUCAUCAUACGGCGCACCCUCACAACCGUCGUCUUCAUAUGGCGCACCUUCACAACCAUCGUCUUCUUACGGCGCACCAUCACAACCAUCGUCAUCGUACGGUGCACCAUCUAGACCAUCGUCAUCAUACGGCGCACCCUCACAACCGUCGUCUUCAUAUGGCGCACCAUCACAACCAUCGUCUUCAUACGGCGCACCAUCACAACCGUCGUCCUCGUACGGAGCACCAUCACAACCCUCGUCGUCCUACGGAGCACCAUCACAACCAUCGUCAUCAUAUGGUGCACCAUCACAGCCAUCGUCGUCCUACGGUGCACCAUCACAGCCAUCGUCGUCCUACGGCGCACCAUCGCAGCCAUCGUCGUCAUAUGGUGCACCAUCACAACCAUCAUCGUCAUACGGUGCCCCCUCACAGCCUUCAUCAUCAUAUGGAGCACCAUCAUCACCAUCUUCUUCUUAUGGAGCACCAUCACCACCAGCAACAUCUUAUGGAGUACCGACAAAUAGCUACAACGCACCAUCUUCUAGUCAUUCGAUUUCAAUAACUCCUUCCGUUUCACUUCCUGUCCCAUCAACUGCAUAUGGAGCACCUUCUAACGGACCUUCGUCUUCAUAUGAUGCGCCAUCAAAUAUACCAUCAUCUUCAUAUGGCACUCCUUCUAAAGUGCCAUCAUCAUCCUAUGGAGCCCCAACUUCUGGAUCAUUUAGUUCGUUUGGUUCUUCUUCUCAUAGUAACAAUUUAGAUUCAUUUAAUAUAGGAAGUUUAUUUAAUUCCCGCACUCAAUUUAGUGCACCAUUACCUUCCAUAACCUAUGGUUCACCCAAAGGGAAUGGAGACAUUCAAGGCUCUUACAGCAGUAUAUCAAACUCUGUUUCAUAUCCAGAACCAAAUUCUCAAUCAACAAUAGUUAAUUCAUAUGGAGAACCAACUGAUAAAAGAGAUUUAGGCCAAUCAUCAGAAGACUCAUUUCAUGUGGUCAGCUCACAAUACAACACUCAGAGUCCAGAUACACAAACAACGCCAUCAAACAUACUACAAAGGCGCCACAAGGAAUCUUUAGAAAGUACUGAUAGAGUGGCAUCUUCAAAUUUAGAUGAAAAACUGAAGGGGAAAAAAGUAGUUGUAAACGACAAACUAAAUGCAUACUUAAAAUACAUAGCUAAGAGUACACAAAAGCCAGAAAUAGGUUUUCAAGCACCUAAAAAGACUUUUAGUUUUAACUACGAAGAAUCACCAUCUCAGGUAAACGAUAGCCUUGCUUCACUAAGUGAUAAUUCUCCAAUUAAUCAUAAAAGUAAUGAAUACAAUUCUGAACAAAAUUCAAGUGCGCAUACUUAUUCUGACAAUCAAUGGAAAAUCACAGAAAGCCUAUGAUAAAAAUACAAAAUUCUGUAUUCUAUACUGUUAUGUUAACGUGUUUAACUAUUGUUGAAUAUGCAAUAUUAUUUUGCCAACUCUCAAGUUUAACUACUUGAAAACAUAUUGUGGUAUGAAUAUUAUCAAAUAACCUAUUUUUUGCCAAUAUUUAAUGGUGAGUCACUUAAAAUAUAUAGUAAUGAAUUAAAUAUUAAGAUUUAGAUGUAUAAAUAUUAAAUAUAAUAUACCAUAUUUAAAUAUAAUAUAUAUUUUACGUAUGUACUAUUUUUUUUUUUUUUUAUGUUAAACCAAAGGUGAAAUAGAUUCACGAAUUUGUGUACUAAAAUGUAAUCACCUAAAUUAUUAAACAGCACCAGUGUAAUAUAAAAGAGAUAUAGUGAUAAAAACACACUUUUUAUACUUAAAUCUAAAAAUGUGUGGUUUUUUUACUUUGUACUUAACAUAUAAGUGUAUAAUUUAAU